CGGCCAGCGCAUGUGCAGAAGCCGGUGCUGGUUCGGGCCUCGGGAUCGGGUACCGGGGCUUCCGCCUUGGAGAACGCUGACCGUGGGCUCCGAUGCGCAGGAUGUCGGUGCUGAGCCCGGUGCAGAUUAAAGAGGCAAACGCGCACCUGGCGGCUGUCCACCUCCGGGUGACGGAGCUGGAGCGGCGGCUGGAGGCGGCCGAGCGGACGGUGCGGGAACAGGCCGAGCGGCUGAUGGGCAAAGACCGGGAGCUGCAGGCCGCCAUCCGGGAGCUGACCCUACGCAAGGACCGGGAGAUGGUGGACGUGCAGGAGAAACUGCAGGAUUGUGAAGGGACAGUGCAGAGGCUGCAGACAGUGAUGAAGGAGAAGGACAGUGUGAUCGCCCAGCUCAGACACCGCAGUCAGCUGCUGGAUAAAAUCACUUGCAGCCGGCCCCUCCUUGAUAACCUGUUAUCAUAUAUGGCUGAGGCUGAACGCUCACAGAGUGUCCACAUCUCGCACCUUGACUCUCACCCUGGCUUCCCUGACCUCCAUGCACACUCCCUCCUCUUGGGAACCAAUGGGUUAAUGAACACCUGCCUCAGUGACCGCAAUUUCUCUGUCAGUGAGGAUGAUAUGGAGGAGCCAGGUCAAGACGAUGCAAUCUUUGGUACCACGGUUUAAGUCUCUGCAUCCAGAGGUCUGACCCUCUCCUGCUGAGAGAUGUUGAGAAGAGUCCACAAGUGCCUGUCGUUUCUGCAGAGCUGCAAAUCACCACACCGACACCUAUGAAUACCAAACCAUCAGUGACAUUAGUUAAAAGAAGUGGAAACCAGAAGCACUCCUAAACUGUGUGUCCAUUUUCUGUACUUACUGACACUACAUUCCAAAGAUUCUGGGGAUUUUUUCACUCUUUAACUUGGAACUGAAGGGUUAUUUCACUGAAUGUAAAAAAAGCAGACUGUGACAAUGUUUAUCAAUCCCUUGGUGCAGUUAUGAACAAUGGUGUUGGGUUAUGGCUGGGUUUAGUUAAAUGAAAGCUUUAUUCCGAAAGGCUGGGAGAAGAGUUCAGGAGGAGCUGGGUAACAACCUUCUUGUAGGCAAAGCACAAAAAGGAAACUCCAGCCUCUUCUCUCGAGGCUUCUCCCAACUUUUGAAGCUGUAGAAAAGAAUAGGAUCAUGUCACCAGAGUAAUAAAAGUGGGGAUUGUUCCCAAAGCUUUUGGAGUUUAGUUAGGUGCAUUGAGUGUUUGGAAAGGUGAAAGUUACAAUACUAUGACAGCCAAUUCCAUUUUAGAGCCCAAUCAUUCACCAGGUACACCAGCCUGGAACAUAAUGACGGAGUAAUAAAAGUUCCUGCGAUCUGAGUUUUAAUCCAGCUCAGGUUGGAUAAGGUCCCUGAUCUCUGUGGGUAUUGUGCAACAUCCCCGUUAACAGAGCUGCCUGAAUUGUAAAUGCUUGUUAUAGCUUUCAUGUCCAGAGAUUGUGUUUAUUCACAACACAAAACUACCUAGCCCGCGAACACACUAUAUCCAUCAGUGUGAGAGUCAAGAUCUGGGAAUGUGGAGAUUGGGAACUUCAUUCUGGGACAGUGGUGAGUGUUGAACAAAGGACCUUUUCAGGCUUUGUACUUCACCAUUUCUGAAUUCUUCCUGUGUCCUGAUACUGCCCACAACAGUAGUGACUGCAAGGUGCAGUGGAAUCCAUCCCUGACUAAACUCAUCUGUUAGGUCCAUCCUUUGCCCGCCUUCAAGAAUUCAAACUUCUGUGUUUUUUUUUUUCUCCAGAGUUAACCUAGUGCUCAUGAUAUUGACCUGGAAUAUCAUGAGAUGUUGGCCUGGAAUUUGCUCCACUGCUGUUCUACCACUGCCACUUUGCCGGAGGUGCAGGCGGCUCUGGUGUCUGUGUGUGUGAACAGGUCUUACAGCAAAGAUAUGGCAGUAGAGGAAGAGAUUCCUGGCCAUUGAGUUAAGAACACCGAUUGGCUCUACUUUAAUCAUCUAAUCUCCUCAGUGAGGAACAGGAAAGCUGCAAACAUUCGAAGAGUGACAAAGAAAAGACCCACUGGAUCAUCGAGCCUGUCCCAAAGAGUUGUGAUGCCUUGUGCACCCCAUAUUAAAAACGGGGAGAAUAAUCUUUGUUACCGAAGAAGUUCCUGCAAUAGUUGUACCCUGCUUCAAACUCUGCCAUAACCCAGAGCAAUGUUCACCAUUAUUACUGUCCAUUGUUUUUGUGUAUGUUUCCUCAGAUCUUAGUGUCUUCACUCUCUAAUUGACCACUGUAUGCUCUUACACAGCAUGCAGGCUAGGGAUUAACCCCCUGUGGGUAUGAUGACUCUGUCCUGGGAGCAUGACAAUGGGCAGCUAGGGAGUGAGUCUUGUCCUGGGAGCACAGUUCAGCUGUGAUGUUCAGUCUACAUUAGAACAGUGACUACAUACAUUUACUGUAAAGCAUUUUGGGACAUCCUAAGUUGUGAAAAGCACUAUGGAAAUGCAAGUUCGUUCUUCCUUUUAGUGCUGAACUGAGCUGGCUACCAGGAGGCUCGCAGCAAUAACCAGGUCAGCCAUCCCCUCCAAUAUUCACUUCAAAACUGGCUUGGGUCAGGAGCGUAUCCUCCUCUGUUCUGUGUUGUAUUGUUACAUUAUGUACAAAAUGCGUUUUUUGCCACACUCAGCAAAUAUGAAUUUAAUUUCCCUGAAAGUAAGAUUUGCACUUUAUUCCAUUGGGUUUGCACAGCAGUGACCUGAAGUCUGGCUGAACAUGCAGUCUUCCUCCUUAUCAGACCUUCAGUGACUCAUACAUAGAUGUGAAUUUGGGAAUUGUUAAUGCAGGUUUGGGAGUUAGAUUGUCAGAGGUUACUGAGCUAUGCAAUUGUUUAGCAGAAAGCACACUCAUUUCAUUGGAUCCAUCAGUCCUGUAGUCCUUAUCUGAUGUGUCAUGGGACUGAAGAUGUCCUUAUCUGCACCAACUGAGACCUCAUCUGUCCAUACUGACAAACCAGCCCAACUGUAUCUUAAAGGGAAAUGAACAAGUUAAUAACAGCAACGUGUGUUGUAUUUGCAGCAUACAGUAUCUGAACUCUGGCACUCAACCCAGCCAGGAACUCAGUCCUAUUUAUAGUUUAUGUUUGUUGCUUUAUCCAGUUUGAACAGUUGCUGUCUCAUUAACUUAUAAAUCCUAAAUCACAACAGCUGAUAUGAGCCAGUAGUGAUCCGGGAACAAAUGGAAAUGGCAGUAUGUGGGCCAGACUCCUUGCAGCCUUGAAUGUAGUACCUGGUGACUGAUUUCUGGUAAAGUACUCCACAUUAUCACCUGAUGGUGUCAUGGUGAAGUUGACAAUAGGCACAGACUGUUGGUGUGCCCCAGCUAUUUGAAUCGCAAUGUGCAAGGGGAGGGGAGGUCCUUUAUAUAUUCUCUGGGUUCAAUGACCAGUCACUCUUUUUGCUCUUGUGCUCUGCGAGCCCCUUGAUAAACUUGUAAUCAUUCCCUGGUCUGUAUAUAAAUUAUUCCUUAAAAUGCAUUAUUGUCUGAUUGCUCCUAGAGCUAAGUUAUUGUCUAUUGAGUAAUCACUCUCUGCCAGCCAUUAUCCUGUGUAAUCACUUGAUAUUUGUUAUUCUGUAUGUACUCACUCUCAUAACCAUUAUUCUGUGUGUAAUCACUCUCACCCAUUAUUAUGUCUAAUCACUCUCUGAUAUCCAUUACUCUGUUAAUUACUCCCUGGUGUCCAUUAUUCUCUGUAAUCACUUCUGAUAUCUAUUCUGUGUAAUCAUUUUGGUGUCCAUAUGUCUCUAUAAUCAUUUCUCUGUCUAUUCUGUGUGUAAUCUUCUGGAUGAUGGCUAUUUUCGAACAUCCAAAAGAAUUCUUUGUGUAGUCACUGUGUAUACCAAUCUCAAUAUAAUCACUCGAGGCAAACUAAUGUUCAUGUCAUCACUCCUAAACCAUUAUUUUCCACAUAUUCAAAAUCCAGCUUAUAAUUUUCCAUAUAUCUACAUAAUGCUAGAAUGUCAUUAUCAUGCUGGAACUCUAUUUAGUAAUUUACUUCUCCAGUUCUCUUAGUAGUUUAAGGAUGUUUGUUACAAAUUACAUGGGUGGAAGUUACAAGGCAGUUGACCACCUUGACUUACAAGUUCAAGCAACAGUGAGCUUUCAAAGUAAAUCUUGAGCUCAUUUGGCAAGUUCUUUGAACCCAGAGGUUGGCGAGAGAUGGAUCUGACUCUGAGGACUUUGUUGCAUCAUUGCCCAUUUCUCAUUCAAUAUUCAUGUUGCUGAUUUAGCUUUGUAACUACACUGUAUAUUACCUGACUUCAGCAAUGCAGGUAGGAAACCAUUCUGAUGUACGUACUGAAAAUGAUAACAUGGUUUUGAGGGGAAGGCACUCUUGAUUUUGCUUGUAGAUUACAGGAAUAUGUCCAGUACUAGGUUAUUUAUUUUCCCUUAAAAUAUAUAUUUUUUAGAGGGAUUUGGGACUGAGAUGUGAUGUUCCUUGUUUGAAAGUUACUGGGUGAAUGUACCACAACUCGCUCAGGGCUAAUAUUUUACAUAUUUACAGUUUUUGAUCAAUGUUUGUAGACACAAAUCUGAUAAAUUGGUGCCUUUUAUAAAACUGUGCAAUAACUUUA